AUGGCGUCGAAUAUAGGGAUGAUGGACAGUGCGUAUUUUGUCGGAAGGAAUGAGAUAUUAACAUGGAUCAAUAAUAGGCUUCAGCUCAAUCUCUCUCGUAUUGAAGAGGCAGCUUCUGGUGCUGUGCAGUGUCAGAUGAUGGACAUGACUUAUCCAGGAAUAGUACCGAUGCACAAGGUGAAUUUUGAUGCAAAGACAGAAUAUGAUAUGAUCCAAAAUUACAAGGUUCUGCAAGAUGUAUUCAACAAGUUGAAAAUUGAGAAGCAUGUUGAAGUUAACAGGCUUGUUAAAGGAAGGCCAUUGGACAACUUGGAAUUCUUACAGUGGCUCAAACGAUACUGUGACUCUGUAAAUGGUGGCAUCAUGAAUGAGAAUUAUAACCCAUUGGAACGAAGAAGUAAGGGUGGGAGGGACCGUAACUCUAGGGGUUCUCAGAAGACCACAAAAUCACUGCAAGCAAACUACAUGCAUAACUCUGCCUCUGGUGACACAGUUGACUUGAACAAAAUAUCAGGGCAAAAGCAAGGGAGGGGAAGUGCUGUGGCAGGAGGGGCAAAUUCUUCAGAGGAAAUUCAAGCUUUAUCCAGGGAGAUUACAGAUCUCAAGCUCUCAGUGGACCUUUUGGAAAAAGAAAGAGAUUUUUACUUUGCAAAGUUGCGUGAUAUAGAAAUACUAUGUCAGAUUCCUGAAUUGGAGGAUCUACCGAUGGGAGUUGCAAUAAAAAAGAUACUGUAUGCUGCUGAUGCCAAGGAAUCUGCACUUGAAGAAGCUCAGGAAUAUUUAUCGGUAGCUAUCGAUACUGGUGAAACUGAAGUUGAAAGUGAGGCUUGA